AUGCCGGAUCUCCACAACCCACUCCCGAAACCGGAACCGGUACUCCGGUUUCCCGGAUCUCGCCGGAUCUGCGGGGUCCGGUUCGGAACCUUAGUCAAAAGUGCAAACGGGAAAGUCGCUUACACUUUCAGCAGGAUUUAUAACCUCCCAACUCAAGGCCAGAGCACGGUCAUCACCGGAGACUCGACUUUCAAAAAGUUGUUUUCUCUGGUGUCGGUGCCCGGAUACAUAUACUACAAGUUUGAAAGAAACAUGACAAACAAAGGAGGCAGGAUUUAUAAAGUGGCUGCGGGCCAGCGUUCCGAACUUGUAGCCCUGAUCAGGACUCAAUAUCGCCGCGAUACCUGGCUGGAUCCUGCCCGUGAUACCAAAACUUUAACUCUUUCAUGUAUUGAUGGUGCUCCACUGCCAGAAUUGGUCACCUUGCUGGGUUUGGUCUUUGUUCGGCAAUGA